CUCAACGACCGGUCGUCGCGGUCCCACUGCCUCGUGCACCUGCGCGUCGCGGUGAAGCGCGGGUCCAAGGUGCACCGGAGGCAGCUCCUCUUCGUCGACCUCGCCGGCUCGGAGCGCAUUUUGAAGUCGCGCGUCGAGGGCGCCGCGCGCGACCAGGCCAUCAUGAUCAACGCGUCGCUGACGGCGCUGGGCAAGGUGAUCAACGCGCUCGGCGCGAAAGCGGCGCACGUGCCCUACCGCGACUCGACGCUCACGAUGCUCCUCCGGGCCUCGCUCGGCGGCCGCGCGCGCGCGGGCGUCGUCGUCUGCGUCGCGCCCGACGCGGACCACGGCGACGAGAGCGUCUGCUCCCUCGACUUCGGCGCGCGC